UGAAAAGGGAGAGGUGAUGCUCUGUGCUGGGGCUCUCGGAAGCCCACAGCUUCUGCUUCUGAGUGGCAUUGGACCGAGGCCGUACCUCUCAUCGUGGGGAAUUCCUGUGGCUCAUCACUUGCCUUAUGUCGGACAGUUCCUCUAUGAUAACCCCCGAAAUGGCAUCUCAAUUGUGCCCCCAAUGCCAUUGGAGCACUCUCUGAUACAAGUCGUGGGCAUAACCAAUUCAGGGGCUUACCUUGAAGCAGCUUCCAAUGUAAUACCUUUUGCCUCCCCUGCUCGCUCUGUUUUCAUUCGGAACCCAGCUUCACCACUGUAUCUCACUGUGGCCACCCUGAUGGAGAAGAUUACUGGGCCACUCUCUGCAGGUUCACUCCGGUUGGCAUCUACGGAUGUCAGGGUUAACCCAAUUGUCCGGUUCAACUCUUUUAGUAAUCCGGGUGAUGUGGAGCGGUGUGUGAAUGGCACCCGCAAGAUCGGUGAUGUACUGAGGAGCCGUUCCAUGGAGGAUUUCAAAUGAAGGGAAUGGUUUGGGGGCCGAGAUUUCAGAUACGUGGGGCCUGCAUUGCCCGUUGAUCAAUCAAAUGAUCGGCUGAUGGGAGAGUUUUGCCGUCGCACAGUGAGUACUAUAUGGCACUACCAUGGUGGAUGCCUUGUGGGCAAGGUAGUUGAUCGCAAUUUCAGGGUUAUUGGGAUUGAUGCUCUCCGAGUUGUUUUUGGUUCGAUAUUCACUGUAUCACCAGGGACCAAUCCCCAGGCUACUCUUUUGAUGCUUGGACGGU